AUGCUGCACGCACAGAAUCCAGGGCUGAGCGCACAGCGUCCGAUCGAGGCGCCACAGCAGCAUCAUUCGCCUGAAAUAGAAAGUGUAUCUGUGGUUGCAGCAGCACCGGAGCCCAAGAGCGACGCGCCACAGCCGGUGCAAGAAAAUGCCGCGCAGUCGUCAUCGGAGCGUUUGGAGAGCGCUGCGGAUGCAGCAGAAGAGAAAAACACGCGCGCCGACCAGGAUGCAAUGGCAGAAGAGGGAGAAAUGGGAAUGGGGCAAGUGAAGGAACCGAAUCCUGCAAUGCAGCAGCAGCUCCGCGAAGAAGAAAUGGCGAGAUUACUGUGGCUCUCACUGCCCGAGAACGACCAAGCUGCAUAUUAUUCAGAGCCAGAAGAGAAUCUGGAACACGAUCUUGAUCGCAUCGGCCGGCCAGGCCCAUCGGGGUAUACCAACCGUGACCAGAAACUGCGCGGGCGAAGCGCGGUGCGUUGGACGCACCGCGGCAAACUCGGCAGCUGGACGGAAGUGCGCGCAGAUCACGAGCUGCAAGAGCGCGAGAAUUUGCGGGUGAAUGCCUAUCAGCGUGCUAAUGUACAAGCGAUGCUGGAUGCAGAGUCGCUCAUGCCAGGCGGCAUGGGAAGCAUGUUCCGGGAAAAUGGAUGGCACAAGCGUCCGCGCAGUGGAAAGUCUGGUGCACGAAUGUGGGAUCCGUCGCUAACCAACGACUUGCUGGGCGAUGACCUGAACCAAGAAAAGCGGAAUGCGUUGAGUGCAGCAUCCUUGGCACCGUCCCUCUUGUUGCCUGUCUUGAGCGCACGCGCUCUCCUUGAGAGCAAGCUGCUCAAGCAUAAUUUCCGCGAUCCGCACCUUACGGCACUUAGUCGGACAGCGUUAGACUUGCGCGAGAGCGAGCAUGUAAUGUACCGUGCGCUUGGACGGUGCUUUGGCGCCAUGGAGCGAAUAUUUUACACGGACCCGCGCGAAAUGUCGUAUACAAAGGCUGGCUCGCUUGGGAGUCCACCGCCCGAGGUGCAAGAGGAAGUGCGCGAUGAUGCACAGCGUGAAGGAAUUGCGCAGGGCCAUGUAAAUGCAGGCGCAAAUGCCGAGACCAAGAUAAAAAAUGCGAAAAAACGCGCAGCUUCUGCCAUGGAACCGAUGGACAUUACGCCGCCCUUGUCGCAGAUAAACAACAUUUUUAUCACCAAGAAAGGACUUGCUGUUCCCAUCCAAGAAAAUGCAGGAGAGGAGGCGCGUACAACGACCAUUUCGCCCGAAGAACAGCGGGAUAUUGUCUAUGCAAGUCUCGAGUACCUGAACGAUUUGCACUCGGACGGUCGUGAAUACAUGGAACGCUUGGAUGAAAUUCGAUCCAUGUUGGCGGACGCUAAGUGGAGCCGGAGCCAGCUAUGGAGUAUUUUACGCCGCUGGGCACUGCAGCGGGACAGUGAUGAUGCACAAAUGAGCCAAAUGUAUAUGCAUGGUAUGCAUGGUAUGUACCCACCUGCAGGAUAUGGCUCGCAGAUGGAAGAAGGCAACGCAGGCGCGGAUAGCAGGUCUGGAAAUGGCCGUGGAAAUUCGCGUCGUAACGACUGGUCCCACGCGUCAGGGCGCAAUCGCUCCAGGAAACGCGCCGCGAAAUAG